AUGCGUCCUGCGACUCAUCUUGUUGCAGCCCUCCUGUCCCUGGGAGGUCUCGAGCUUGUCGCGGCCCAAAACGCUCAGGAAUUGAAGCCUCGCUUCAUACCCAAACAAUUCAAAAGACAUGUCGUUUAUGGACAUGACUCCUCUGCCGCUGCGUCGUCGAACACUGACACUCACUUGGAUACAAGGGCUGAUUUGAAUCCCUUCAUCUCUUACUUCAAUAGCCUGCUUCAAAACGGCGCCGCGACACCAUCCAGCACCCCGCUCGUCUCCCUGCCCAUCGUCGUCUCGGUAGAUGCCAACGGUGUCUCUCACACCAUUACCCCAACCCCCACACCACCCCCUUCAGCAGGGCCAUCUUCUGAUGCCAAGCCCGGUUCAACGUCCGAGCCAUCAUCGCCCGAGCCAUCUUCUGCGGCCGAUCAGUCUGCUCCGAACAACGUUCCCGCGACGACUCCUUCAACGGCGCAGACCUCCACUCAGGCCAAGACAGACCCCUCAGACAACUCCCAAACUACACCAGCCUCAUCAACUCCUGCCACAAGCAGCGGAAAUGUUGUCAGUGAUGCCUUGGGUGGUGUGGGUGGCCUUGUCAGCGGUGUUCUGGGCAACCCGAGCAGCUCAACCAAUACCAGCCCUCCAGUAAGCUCACCUGCCACUGAUGGAUCCAAGACCCCUGAGAGUUCGACAACAACUCCCGCAUCAACAACGCAGACCUCCUCUCAGGCCAAGACAGACCCCUCAGACAACUCCCAAACUACACCAGCCUCAUCAACUCCUGCCACAAGCAGCGGAAAUGUUGUCAGCGAUGCCUUGAGUGGUGUGGAUGGCCUUGUCAGCGGUGUUCUGGGAAACCCGAGCAGCUCAACCAAUGCCGUUCCACCCGUCACUGAAUCCAAGACCACCGGGAGUUCGACGACCGAGAGCACUGAUGCCAGCACAAACUCUACGACGCCAACAGCUUCCUCAUCUCCCGCUGCCCCCUCUCCUGUUGAAGCAACUCCGACCCCAACUGCGAGCUCGUCCGGCCUCCUUGACACUGUUGCCUCGGACCUCUCUGGAAUUCUGCCUGCAGCUUCCAGUCCCCUUGCGUCCGGAGCUGCCACUACCAAUUCGUCCAACACUGAUGGCACUGUUACCCCCUCAACAGACGUUAUUCCCUCUUCGACAGGCAACAACUCUUCGACAGAGGCCAGCCCCUCCCCAACUCCAAGCUCGAGCGGCUUACUCGAUUCGUUGACCUCUGGUAUCCCUGACCUAUUGCCUGGUUCUGCUGCAUCAUCCUCAGCCGCGACCAACAGUAGCAGCGGGGCUGAGACCCCGGCAUCCACAGACCUUGGUCAGUCUACUAUGCCUGUCAGCGUCCCUGCUGUGACACCCUCCGCCACCAGCUCGAGUGGCCUGGGUGGAAUUCUGGGUCCUAUCCUCGGUAGCGCUGGUAGCACUGGAGUCAUUCCAACCGCAAGCACUCCCACCAGCAGCUUCGUUGGCGUCCCCACCGGCUUGACUAGUAUCCUCAUCCCAGGAGGCAUUAGCGGAACUGAGUCGCCAACUUCGUACACUCAGAUCAGUCCUAGCGUUCCUACGACUGCUCCCUCUGUUACCAGCACCGCUGUCAUUCCCGGUAGCUCCGAUACCGUUAUUGGUUCCUCGAUUGCUAUCACGGGUUCCACCGGAGUGAGCUCGACUUUGCCUACGCCUACUGCCAAUUUCAGCAGCUCGGCAAUUCAGACACCCUCUACAACGGAGCAAACGACCCCAAGUUCGACAACCACGCCGGAGACCACCGCCGCCCCCACCACCACCACCACCAGUACUACUUAUCCACCCGAAACUACCACCACCGAGAACACCGACUUUGUUCCCUCCAGUAUUCUGGUGGAGCCUACAACCACGACUCAGCUCUCAACGGCUGAGACCGCUACUGGCACCAGUCGACCCGCUCAGUUGCCUGGAUCCAUCUCGCCAGCCAAUGGUCUGACCAGCCCUCCACCGGACUCUACUAUGAUUCAGAUCGGCUUCAAUGGCAAACUCCGAUACAGCUUCGUCGCCACGACCCCGCUCUCUUCAUCGCAGAUCUUCCUGUACGUUCCACAGGGACUGAUCUAUGCUUUGGAGAUUCUCGGCCAAGAUAUCUCGAUGUUCGCGAUCCAGCCCUACGACAACUCGGCCAGCACGGGGUACAUUGCAACCGUUGCCUUGGCUUAUAUUCCUACGGACAAGGUUGACACGUUGAGGAAGCUGCUCCGCAGUCCAUUGUCCAAACUCUACCAACAGCCCAACGAGUCGGUCAAGACCUUGUUCUCGAUGAUCGAUCCUUCCAUCCCUCUUGUUGUCGGAGAAUCCGGCUCAUCUAGUGGCAGCGGAUUGUCUAGCGGCAGUGGAUUCAGCGGCAGUGGUAGCAGCAGCGAUGGUAAUGGCAGUGGCAGUGACUCUGGCAACAACGCGGAUGCCGGUGCCAGUCGCAGCUCUUCCGCUCGUGCCAGCUCUGUUGGCAUCGGCGUUGGUGUCGUAUGCGGCGCCGCAGCCUAUGGUGCGGGUAUGUUCUGGGUUGCUCGUCGCUACCGCAAGAAACGUCAAUUGCAUCGCCGCUCCAAUUCCACUAUGGAGCAGACGAGUGAAGGUCGUGGUGCCGGUUCUCUCUUCGCCGCUGGCGGUCGUCUUUCCCGCAACAGCCAGAAUAGCCGGGGAAGUGGCCGGGGCCAGAUGAUCAGUGCUCCUGUCAUGGCCGAGAACUCGCUGGGCUGGAACUAA